AGUCAGAGCAUCUGAUAACUCAUCACAUUUUCGUCUCUGCCUUCUUUCAGCGGAUCUGCAUUCCCCAUCGGAGAUAAACUGCCGUUCGCACCUACGCCAGGUGCAGACUCCACUAGCAUUAGCACGAUGUCGGCGAGCGACGUCUUCCAACGAACCCUGCACUUCCGCGUGCCCGAGCCACCAAGCCCAAAGGACAAGGCGGCGUACAUCCUCCUGGGCAUCCUGAACUGUUUUUUCUUCGGACUUGGAAUGAUCGUCAUCGGUUUCAUGCAAAGCGACGUCGUCAACAUGAUGAUUGGCGUUCUCCAGUUGCUGUUACCCAUUGUUGGCUGGAUCUGGGCAGUCGUUUGGGGCGUCAUGAUCGUCGUCCGGUCCCUAGUGCCCAGUUCAAAUAUAUAAUGGAGCAAGCUGCUUCAGACCGAAAAGCGUCACAGACUGGUGAUUCACUGGAAAUGAGAAGCGAAAGUGACGAAGUGCGCGAAGACGUUUGCCAGAAGACGAGCAGCGUCAAACGACGACCGCCGCUACUCCUAUGUGUGCUAGGCCAUCGACCAGUUUGCGAUACGGCUGCGAAGGACAGUAUGGCUUCGCUUCUGCUCUGCUGAGUGUCAAAUGAUUGUCCGGUAACCGCAGCAGUUUUUGUUGGUACACAGACAGUCACUUUUCUACGAUGGAGCUAUCGAUCUUCCGAAAACACGCCCCUGAGGGCCGUUAAAAGGCACAUACUUGAGCGUCUGACUUUAAAGCCUUGCCGCUGAAACGGUCUUGCGCUUCGCAAACAGCUACUCCUUGAGAGGCACUCACAAGGCCACAAACACAUGGUCGUAAUCACAGCGGUUUGCGAUCGUCUGUCGUGGCGUUUGAUCGCGAACCACUUUCCACAGCAGGAUACAGCUCAGAUAGCGCCAGCACUUCUUGCAGAUUCAGUACUCAAGGCGUACGCGCACAAGAUCAUUGUUGUUGAUUUCUUGUAAGGUGGAGCGAAGACCCUUCAGCUGCCAUUGGUAUAGCGGUUCUCUUUGCAGGAGUGUUGCCUCGUUCGUUUCUACGUUCUGGCAAUUCACUCGGAGAUUUACAUUGACUGCGCACGUACUGAACAUGAUGAAAGCCUUGA